AUGGCAGACGAAAACCAAAACACAAACCAGCAGCUUAUCUCAGUUGCUCAAAUGGAACAAAUGUUCCAAUAUUUCCAGCAAUUAAACAAACAAACCAAUUCCACAAACGAACCACAAACAACUGACUUACGAGUCGCCGAAAAAUUAACAUACCACAAUUACACCAAAUGGUGUAAACUUAUUCAAAUCGCUAUCGAGGGAAGAGGACGUCUCAGUCACAUCAUCGACGUACCUCCCGAGCCCACAACCUCAAAUUACAUACAAUGGAAACAAAGGGACUCAAUAGUUUUAUCUUGGAUUAUAGCCAAUAUUGAUUCAGACCUAGUAAAUCAAUUUCUUGAUUAUACUACUGCGUGGGAACUCUGGAAAGGGAUUGAAACACUCUUAAGCAGUGGAAGGGAUGAAUUACAAAUUUUCGACCUUAAUAGUAAAGCAGCAAACCUUAAACAAGACAAUGACACAAUCGAAGUGUAUUACGGCAAGCUUAACACACUUUGGAAAGAAAUCGAUCGACGGAUGCCAAAUCCGAUGAAAUGUUCUGCAGAUACGACAACAUUCAAUUCAUUCAUCCAGAGACAAAGGCUCUAUCAGUUUUUGGCCGGCAUAAAUGACAAUCUAGACGCAGAAAGAAGACAGUUACUAAAUCAAGACCCUUUACCCACUAUUGAAAUGGCGUACGCCAUGAUUCGUCGAGAAUUAGCACGAUGUGGUAUCAUGAGUACCACCUCAUCAUUAGGAGGAAAUCCUUCAGAGAUUGGUAAGGGGCUUGCAAUCAGAGGCCAGUCAGAAACUUUACUCCGGCGUGAUAAUGGAGAUCGGACAUACCUCAAGUGCACCCACUGUGGCGGUUCAAAGCACACAAAAGAGGGAUGUUUCAAGCUAAUUGGGUACCCGAAAUGUCACCGGCAAACACCAACUGAGAACAUCAUCAACGUCCAAAAGCCGACAGGUAAUGCAAGUGGUAAGAAAGAUUACAGUGAACAGCCCAGAAAUCAGGAAAUCGGGGAAGAGUCCAAAAGGGACUCGAAUAGUGAAGAAGAGACCAGAAGCACAGAGAAGGACGGAGGAAGAGAGAGAAAAGGGGGGGAGUCACUUUCCCUAAAUACUCCCUUUUAUAGGGAGCCUAGGGUUAAACCUAAUCCUUAUCCAGCCCGCAUUAAAAAACCGAAGCCCACUCACUUAACCGACCCACAUAAUAAACCCGUCCCAAUUCUACCUAAUCCCAAAGGUUUAUUUUGUGAAAAAGAGAAUACUUGUACAUGGAUUUUUUACUGUGGGGCAACUGAUACAAUGACUUAUGACCCGAGUGAUCUAAUCUCUCAAACGCAUACUCCUCGUCAUAAAAUCCAUACUGCGAAUGGUGAUUUUGUUAAUGUUACUAAAGCUGGAUCGGUUGCUAUUUCCCCUUCUCUACAACUUAAUAAUUGUCUUUUAAUUCCGAAAUUAACACAUAAACUUCUGUCUAUUAGUCAAUUAACCAAGGAAUUACAUUGUACUGUUCUCAUGACCUCUACUGGUUGUACUGUGCAGGAUGCUCAGACAGGAGCGAUCAUUGGGCGUGGUACUGAGAGAGGAGGAUUAUACUAUGUGGAUGAGGCUGGUCAUAAAGGUCAUACAUCGCUUGCUCGUCGAUCUUCUAAUCACCAACUACGAAUGUGGCAUAGACGUCUUGGACAUCCGUCAGUAGGUUAUUUGAAACGUCUUUUUCCAUCUCUUCGUAGUUGUAAUAAUUCUUUGGACUGUGAAUCUUGUGUGUUAGCUAAAAUUCAUAAACAUUCCUAUUUUCCUAGCUUAUCCCGGACUCAUGAACCUUUUAAAUUGUUACAUUCUGAUGUAUGGGGCCCCGCUCCUGGUUUUAACUCUCAGGGUUUCUCAUAUUUUGUUAUCUUUAUUGAUGAUUGCACUCGCAUGAGUUGGCUUUAUUUUUUAAAACACAAAUCUGAAGUCUUUGAUGUGUUUGUUACCUUCUAUAACAUGAUUUUUACCCAGUUUCACACUCAUCCUCAAAUUCUUAGAUCAGAUAAUGGGGGGGAAUAUGGGGAGAAUCGUAGUGAGGAUCCAAGCUGGCUCAUAAGUCCAAGUAGGAUAGAUCCAAAAGAGCAAGUAGGUUACACCACCGACACUGCCUCUGAAACCCUUGAACGUCUUACUCUCCAGUUCACUCCUGCUCCUGAGCAUCCUGAUUCUCCUGAAUCACCUGAGGUAAUGGGUAAUACUUCUGAUAAUAUGAUGGUUGAUAAUGAAGAUACAGAAUUCAGUGUUGAAAUUAAUAAUGAUCAGGGUGUUGAGAUGUCUAACGGGUAUGAAUUACCUCCGAGGAAAACAAGGGGUGUUCCCCCAAAGAGGUAUGAUCCAGAAUAUGAAGCAAAACGAUCUUGA